AUGCUUGUCACUCGCAACGGAAUAUCUUCGACGGCUCCGACAAGCGAAGAAAAUGGCGAACGGCGGAGCACCGACGGCGGGGAAGGCAGCGCAAGCCGAGGCGUGCCCGACAGCGCAUCGACCAGCGGCACCACUUCGACACCCGGACCAAUGUUUGACAUGUCGGCAGUCCUUCAAGCCACCGUGCAAGCAGCAGUGAGGGAAGCAAUCAACGGGAUUGUGCACCUCCAGUCGCAACAGGCAGCGGCCAUGCCUGUAAUGGGCGCGGGAGAGACGUCGCGCCUGGUCCCUUUGUUUGACCCUACUUCAUCGGACUCGCCAACAGUCGACGCGUGCAUUCGACGGGUGGACGACCUAGCGGAAGUCUACCGUUGGUCGGACAGACUAACAUCUUGUAACGCACUCGCAAGGUUGGAUGGACCGGCGAAGAUGUGGUACGAUUCCCUCCAGUCUGUCAACAAAACCUGGCCUGAGUGGAAGGUGGAGCUCAAGCGCGCUUUCCCCACGACAUCGGGAAUGCAGCGACUUCACCGAGACAUGGAGGACCGUAUUUACAGGCGAGGUGAGCCCAUCGAAUCAUACUACUAUGACAAGUUGGCCAAAGCGCGCCGUUGUAACCUCAGCGAAGAAACUUGCAUUGAGUAUCUUAUAACCGGCCUCAAUGAUCAGGACUCCAUCAGAGCCAUCAGUACUCGCACGUACGAUUCGCCGGAGGAGCUUCUCCGAUGUCUGAAGCGUCUCGAAGAGCGCGUCGGAACCGUUAGCUCCCGGGAUUCAAACCAUUCGAAGGCGAGCGGAAUUCAAAAUCUUGCGGGUCAUGGCAACAGGGGAAACCGAGCACCGGAAACGACCUUGAACGAGAGCCGACAGAACUCUCCGUCCGAACCGAGGAGGAAAACCCUCUCCAACGAAAAAGGAGGGCCGCGGUGUUUCAACUGCAACAAGUACGGCCAUCUCUCUCUCAACUGCCCGAGUCCGCAGCGGAGGGCGAGGUGCGGCGUUUGCAACCGAAUUGGACACGAAGCUCGAAACUGCAAAGAAAAGGAGAGCGGGCCGCGCCUCUUUCAGAGCGUCGUAAAUCUUGACAUCCGUGCAGCGGACGCGGCCAACGAAAAAUAUUUCAUGCUUGCUAAAGCUAACGGUCACGACGUGAGAGCAUAUGUUGACCUCGGCAGCCAGUGCGUUACUAUUCGGCGAGAGGAUGCAGACCGAAUCGGAGUCAAAUGCACUGCGAUAGACAAGCCGCUCACCAUCGGAGGCUACGGAUCAGGGCGUGUGACGCCGUGCGGGGAGGCAAACGUUAACCUCACAGUCGAUCAAGCAACAGCUGACGUUCCCGUGCUGAUCGUGCCGAACGAUUCACAAGCGAUACCUCUCAUCGUGGGACAACCCUUCACCGAGCAACCUCACGUUACAAUUGUACGGCGAGGGAACACUUUGAGGAUCUUUGAGGAACAGAAGAACGUGGACGAAAGUGACGACACACUGCAGUCCAUUGAAAUUCCAGAUCUUCCGAAACGCCCAGUGUGCCUUUGGGCUAGGGAAUCCACAGUGGUUCCACCAAAUUACGUUGGAUUUGUUAAGCUCUACGUUACAGGCGGCUAA